AUGGAUAUCGCUACCACUUCCCGCGCAUACUUUGCCAUGCCUUCUCCCAGCCCAGAUGAGAAAAUCUCCCUCCAGGCCUCAAACACAGUCUACACCUACCACUGUCUGUGCAGCCAUCUCCUCCUCGCCACAACCACACCUCUACCCUCACUGCCCACACGGCGCCACAGCCACGACGCCGCACACAUCAUGCCUCUACCUCCCCCAGCCCCCGCCGCAGCACGCAAGAACUCUGCGGAUAACUCCGCCACUACGCACGACCACUACGGCCUCCUGCUGUCCACCCGCCAAGAGCGCCAAGCCGAGAUCAUCACCAGCGACUCAGGCUUCGAAAAGCGCUAUCUCCAGCGCUGCGGCCGCUGCGACCUCGUCGUCGGCUACCAGCUCGACUGGCAGCAAUUCUCCGUCGAUCGCACCGGAAGGCGAGAAGAUUAUGUCUUCUUGCUCCCGGGUGGCUUCGUCAAGACUAGCGACAUGGUUGCGAACAAGAUGGCUUCCGCCUCUGCUGCAUCUUCGUCAAAUCCCAUGGGCAGCACCGUCAACGUCACCGAAGUAAAGGUCUGA